AUGUUAUGCAGUUCUGUUAGUGUUGUUGUUGUUGUUGUCGUUGGAUUGUUGGAAAGGAGGGGACUAACGUGUUACAAGGAUUUGCUGCGUCUUGAGAGAUUAGUGUUGUGUAAGUUAAAUGUGAUAAAUGAAGUCCUUAGAUUUGUUCGCCACCGACUGAACGUCAAAGUAGAGGAUGACAACCCGGCCCAUUCCACGCCCACAGCCGUCAGCACCCCCACGCCCACAACCCCUUCACAGACACCCACGCCCAUGACCCAGCCCAGCCAAGGGAAGAGAGAGCACGAGACACGCGAGGAAUCUUCCCACCAGAAGAUUGAUGGCUCUCGGGAACUACGCAUGGCCUUUCCUGUAGUUCCUGAACCGGUGAAACAGCGACGGUCACGUACAAACUUCACGCUCGAACAGCUGAACGAACUGGAGCGGCUCUUUGACGAGACCCACUACCCGGACGCCUUCAUGAGGGAGGAGCUGUCGCAGCGGCUGGGUCUCUCGGAAGCCAGAGUGCAGGUGUGGUUCCAGAACAGACGAGCCAAAUGCAGGAAGCACGAGAGCCAGAUGCACAAAGGUUCUCGGCGUUUUUCGCAGUUCGUUGAUUUUUUCCAAGUAAAAAGUCACAUUAUAGCGCCCGUGUUCUUAUAUCAAAUUAUACUGAUUACUGAUUCCGCUCACGUCGGGGGCUCUGCCGUCCUCGUGCACGCUCGUAGCCAUCUCUCUGUACCCGCUCCUGUAACCAUACUCGCCGGCAUGCUGCUCUCCCCGUCGUCCACCGCCACCUCCCCGAUGGGCGUGAUGCCAGCCAGCAGCGUGGGCCUCGGCAGUUCGGGCGGGGUGGGCGUGCCCCUCGAGGCGUGUCGCGUGGCGCCCUACGUGUCUCCGCUUCGCCUUCACCCUCCUGCGUACGACAGGCUGCCCACGCUGCCGGCGCUCUCGCUCGACCCCGCGCUGCUCUCCGCCGCCCAUCAGUACGCUGCGGCGGCCGUUAGUACUGGGGGCAGCAGUGGCGGCACCGGCAACCCCUUGACGUCUCCGCCCCUUCUGUACUACCCGCACCCCACCUACCCUCUCGCCCUGUCCGCCCUCGCCGCCGCCGAGAGGAUCUCCUCCAAGAACUCCUCCAUAGCCGAGCUCAGACUGAAGGCCCGCAAGCACGCCGAGGCCCUCGGACUCACCAUGCCGCCGACAUAA